ACCUGAAAAACCAGCUACCGCUUUCAGUCCAGAGAGCUCUGAUAUGGCACGUCGUGUCGACCUCUCUGCCAAAGGCUGAAACCAUCCCACACUUCUUCACUUUUCAAUCACACCUGAAGUUCACUCAUUUCACCUGUUCAAACUAACUUCAGACAGGGUUUUCCAUUUUGCUUUUCUGUGCCAGCGGCAGUGUGUGCGAGGGAAGGAGCGUGUGGACUAUGCUCACUUCAGGCGAUUAAAGGAGGGGGAGUGGAAGGAUUGAUUCUGUGGAGAGAGAAGCUCCACGACAGGGAACUGAUCGUACAGGACAAAUCUAAAGAUGCAAAGGGCGGCCACAACAUCCGUGACCCAAUCCACAAUAACACAGAACACCACAGCCAUCACCAAGUCUAGAGAACAAAUCCUCACGCAGAGCUCAGGAGCCAUGAUAGCUGUUAUCGUCAUUGGUAUAAUCAUCAUUCUCACAUUUUUGCUUAUAGUCCUCAAGACGUACAACAGGAGGACUCAUGCAAACAGGAUGCUGGCAGGAGGCUCCAGCAAACCACGAAAGAAAGCGUCCUCAACUACUACAAAUACAAACCUGGCCAUGAGCAACGUGGCUGGGAGCUCAGUCUCUGGAAGCUUUGUGCAGUCCAACACGUCCUCAGAGAAUGGGUUCCGCAUUCCUCGGGUCGAAGUGGGAAACAUGGAGAGGAGUAAUGGAGAGCAUUUCAGCACCAACAGUGGCUCAACAAUUGUGACAGUACAUGACAUGCCAUCAGUAGAUAACACAUAGCGGAAAUCUCUGGACUUACAUGUGCAAAGAUAUUAACAUACCAAAAUGAACAAAGAACCAAUGGAAGAGGCCUGGUCAUAUCUGAGCACACACCAUUCACUGCCCGUUUAGGAUCUUAUGAAACUUUGAGGACCUUAAAGAUUGAAAAGAGCCUGUAUAUAUGAUAAUGAAGAACUUGAAGAAAACUACAGACAAGUGUCUGAUGUGAUGUGAUUAUACUUUUUAUUUUUAGCACUGGAUUUGGCAAUGAAAUGUAGGUUAAAACAAUGUAGGUUUCUGCCUUGAGCUAAAACGGUUUUCAUUAAAAAUGAAAUUGUGGGAGCCAGUUAGAGAUGUUAAGGAUGCUACAUCAAUGUAUUACCAGGACAUUUGCACUCUAAUAGUAAAGUCUCUGAUAUAAGAUUGUUCAAACAUUA